CGGACUCGAUGGCCUCAGCGGUGUUUUCCAGCCUAAUGGAUUUUCCCAUCCCGUGCCCCGACAGCAGCCCCAGGCCGGGGCCGGCCCGGUGCGGCGGAGCUCCGCCCCGCCCGGCCCGGCCCGGCAGCGAUGGCGGCCCGGCUGUGGCGGCUGCGGGGGCGCCUCACGGCCGCCUUCAGCAGCGCCGCGGGGGCCGGGCGGGCCCCGCCGGCGGAGCCGCUGACGGAGCGGCGGCAGGCGGGGGGCGUGCGCACCAUCGUCCUCAACAACCCGCGGCGGCGGAACGCGCUGUCGCUGCCCAUGCUGCAGAGCCUGCGGCGGGACCUGCUGCACGACGUCAAGAGCCGGGAGCUCCGCGUCAUCGUCAUCGCGGCUGAAGGACCUGUAUUUUGUUCCGGCCAUGAUUUAAAGGAACUGUCAAGUGAAGAUGAUGUGAAGCAUCAUUCCCAAGUAUUUGAAUUAUGUGCAGAGGUUAUGACUUUAAUCCAGAAACUUCCAGUGCCAGUGAUUGCCAAAGUAAAUGGCUUGGCUACAGCAGCCGGCUGCCAGCUCGUGGCAAGCUGUGACAUCGCAGUGGCAAGUGAGAAAUCUCAGUUUGCUACUCCUGGAGUAAACAUUGGGCUGUUCUGCUCCACACCAGCUGUGGCCUUGGGCAGAUCUCUUCCAAGAAAGGUGGCACUGGAGAUGCUUUUCACAGGUGAACCUCUCUCUGCUCACGAAGCAUUAAUGCAUGGGCUCAUCAGCAAGGUGGUACCCGAAGACAAGCUGGAAGAAGAGACCAUGAAAAUCUCUCAGAAGAUAUGUGAAAGCAGCAAAUCCGUUCUGGCCUUGGGGAAAGCCACCUUUUACCGACAGAUUACCCAGGACCUUGACACUGCUUACAAAAUAACUACUAAGGUCAUGGUAGAUAAUUUGACUUUGAGAGAUGGGCAGGAAGGCAUUGAAGCCUUUGUUCAGAAGCGUAAGCCUGUCUGGUCACACUCUCAGGAGGAGAAGAAAUGAGUCCUGUCUCUAAACAAACCUUAGCAGUGCUUUAUGAUUCUUCACACAGUUGCCUUUAGGAGCUAUAUUUUUAUUCUUACUGAAAGUUAAAUUUCUCUUCUUACAAAUGCCAGACACAAUAUAUUUACUCUAAGUAUGUAAUAAAUGUUAAAAAAAAUCAAAGAAAAUGGGUUUUCUUUGACAGCA